CGCCCGCCCCUCCCCCCGCGCUCGCCUCGGAACUUGCUGACUGCGCGGCCGGGAGGAGCCGAGCCGGGCGGCGGCGGCGGGAGGCCACAGCGCGCGGGGGUCUCCCGCGUCCCCUCCGCCUCGCCGGGAGCUCGCGCCCUCGCCCAGCCGAGCUCCCACCCCCCCUUUUUUCCGAAGGCGCUGGGCGGCGCCACCCUCCGGCCGGAGCCCGGCACUGCACAACCCCCUCCGACUUUCAAUGUUCCACACUCCCCGGCCAGAGCCUCCUCGGCUUCUUUUUUUCCCUCCCCCCCCUUUCCCCCCCCCAGCUGCCUCCAUUUCCUUAAGGAAGGGUUUUUUUCUCUCUCCCUCCCCCACACCGUAGCGGCGCGCGAGCGGGCCGGGCGGGCGGCCGAGGGUGGCAGCUCGGUCUUGGCCGGAUGAAUCUUCGCUGCUGGCGGUGGAAACGGCUAGGGCAGCUUGUUAGUUGAUUUUUAAAUUUCUGAGUGUUGUGUUUAAGGGUUUUACGUGCAUAGAGGAGGAAUCGCCACCUUAAAUAAGCAUAUGGACGAUUAACAGGUUUUUCAAGAGAUAACUUCAUCAAGAUGUCCAGUGAUAGGCAAAGGUCCGAUGAUGAGAGCCCCAGCACCAGCAGUGGCAGUUCAGAUGCGGACCAGAGAGACCCGGCCGCUCCAGAGCCUGAAGAACAAGAAGAAAGAAAACCUUCUGCCACCCAGCAGAAGAAGAACACCAAACUCUCUAGCAAAACCACUGCUAAGUUAUCCACUAGUGCUAAAAGAAUUCAGAAGGAGCUAGCUGAAAUAACCCUUGAUCCUCCUCCUAACUGCAGUGCUGGGCCUAAAGGAGAUAACAUUUAUGAGUGGAGAUCAACCAUACUUGGUCCACCAGGUUCUGUAUAUGAAGGUGGUGUGUUUUUUCUGGAUAUCACAUUUUCAUCAGAUUAUCCAUUUAAGCCACCAAAGGUUACUUUCCGCACGAGAAUCUAUCACUGCAACAUCAACAGUCAGGGAGUCAUCUGUCUGGACAUCCUUAAAGACAACUGGAGUCCUGCUUUGACUAUUUCAAAGGUUUUGCUGUCUAUUUGUUCCCUUUUGACAGACUGCAACCCUGCGGAUCCUCUGGUUGGAAGCAUAGCCACUCAGUAUUUGACCAACAGAGCAGAACAUGACAGGAUAGCCAGACAGUGGACCAAGAGAUACGCAACAUAAUUCACAUAAUUUGUAUGCAGUGUGAAGGAGCAGAAGGCAUCUUCUCACUGUGCUGCAAAUCUUUAUAGCCUUUACAAUACGGACUUCUGUGUAUAUGUUAUACUGAUUCUACUCUCUGCUUUUAUCCUUUGGAGACUGGGAGACUCCCCAAAAAGGUAAAUGCUAUCAAGAGUAGAACUUUGUAGCUGUAGAUUAGUUAUGUUUAAAACGCCUACUUGCAAGUCUUGCUUCUUUGGGAUAUCAAAAUGUAUUUUGUGAUGUACUAAGGAUACUGGUCCUGAAGUCUACCAAAUAUUAUAGUGCAUUUUAGCCUAAUUCAUUAUCUGUAUGAAGUUAUAAAAGUAGCUGUAGAUGACUAGGAAUUAUGUCAUUUGUAUUAAACCCAGAUCUAUUUCUGAGUAUGUGGUUCAUGCUGUUGUGAAAAUGUUUUACCUUUUACCUUUGUCAGUUUGUAAUGAGAGGAUUUCCUUUUACCCUUUGUAGCUCAGAGAGCACUGAUGUAUCAUCUCAAACACAAUAAACAUGCUCCUGAAGGCCCAGU